AUGAAGAUCUUCAUAACGCUCGUAGUCUUUUCUGCUCUUACCUCCAUGGUGGAGCUGAAAGAGCAGUCGAAAAAGCAGAAGCGCGGAGUGGCGUUCUUUGGAUCGCCCGACUUCUUUGGGAUUGUGCCGGCCUUCGGUUCUUCGUCCUGGGCUCCUACAAGUUUCGCAGCUUCCGCCUGGAAUCCGCCAAGCACCCCUGACGUAGCGCUUGCGCAAAUUCAAGUUCAAGCCACGCACAAUGUGGCACUCCAAGCCCUGAAGGAUCCGUCGCCUGGUACGCCCAGCAUCGCGUAUCCGCCGGAAGUGCUGAGGGCGAUUCAACAGGCAAAGGAUGCGACCAACAAUGUUGCUAUAGCGCAGCAUAAAGUCGCGGAAGCGAAGCAGGCCGCGUUGAUCCAACAGAAGGUUGCACUGGCGAAGGAGGCAGCAUCGAGAGAAGCUGCUGCGAGAUCGCAGGAGAUCUCGCAGCACGCCGAGGCCGAGGCGAAAGUUAGUGCUCGUCAGCUCGUGGCGAUGCAGCAGAGAUUAGCCACCCUGAAAGACGCGGUGGCAGCUGCACAAAGGGUGGCGGCGGCGAGGGAGGCAGCCGCAGCCGCGGCGAUCCAAAGAAACGCGGCGGAAACCGCCGCGGAACUGCAAAAGCAGGACGUUGACAAGCAGAUUAGCCAGAGCGAACAAGAAGCCAAGGAAAAGGACAUACUAGCUGCGAAAGAAAAUGCAGUUGCAGCUGCGGUUCAGCAAGCGAGUUUACAAAAAUCUAUUCAUCCUUGGGGCUAGAAGCUGUAUCAUAAUAUGUUAUACAUUGUAUUUACACGUAUCAAUAUGAGUAUACGUUACAUGUUUAUGGUUACAUGGUGAUGGUACAUGAGGGGGCGUAGUCUCGUGAAUAUACACCUUUAUAAUUGUUAUAUGUCGAAAUUGUUUCUUACUAAUAAAAAUUAUAUACAGUUUAUUUUACGGAUUUUUAAUGAGUAAUUAUACCUAUUUCUUG